CGGUUUAUCUGCUGACUGGACGGGCCGCUGCUGGGCUGUGCGCUCGCCGCUGAUAACUGCGCUGAUAGCCGUUGCUGAUAGCUGGCUCCCCCAUGGACCGACCGCGCGCUACACUCCUGCUCCAGGGUGCGGUGCUGCUGUGCCUGGUGACGCACGCCGUGCUGCAAGAUGGCGACCAACAGGGAGGCGGGGACGUUAGCUCGUCGGUCUGCGGUGGCUGUUCGUGCGGGGGCGGCCUGCUGGACUGCUCAGGGCUGCCGCUGGAGGGCGGCGGGGGCGGUUCCUGGUUCUGGCCGCGCUGCGAGUGCGCCGCCGCCUCCAACCUCACGGCCGUCUUCCGCGCCUGCGGCAUCAAGGUGCUGUUCCCACUUCCAGAGCAGAGAGGGGUCUCCAGUCUGUCACUGCGUCACAACCGUAUGGCCGACAUACACGACGGAGCCUUCGCCAAACUGCCAGGACUCGUCGAACUGGACCUCAGCCACAAUCUGCUGCAAGUGGAGGACGUGCGGCCGACAGUGCUGCGCGGAGCUUACAGUCCCGCCCGCUACGAGCCGAUGGCGCUGCAGCUGCUGGACCUGUCGUACAACCAGCUGCACUCGCUGGACCCACAAGCCUUCGAGCACUGCCCCAGCCUCACGGUGCUCCGCCUGGACUACAACCCGCUCAAGGUCAUCGACGGCCCAACGCUCAGGGCGGUGGGCACGCCUCACCUCCAGGAGCUGGGCCUGGCGGGCGCGCAGCUGUCUGCGGUGCCGCGGCGGCUGCUGGAGCAGCUGGCGUCGCGACGCUCGCUCAGGGCGCUCCGCCUCAGCGACAACAACCUCACCGCCGUGCCGGACGGCCUGCAGCUGCUCGACGCGACGCUGGAGGAGCUGAACCUGUCGGCGACGCAGCUGGAGCAGCUGGACGACGACAGCCUGCUGGGGGAGUGGCCGCGCCUGCGCAGUCUGGCGCUGAGCGCCAUGCCGCGCCUGCGCAGGCUGGGCCCGCGCGCGCUCUCCUCCCUGACGCAGCUCGAGCAGUUCCUCUGCGCCUUCAACGGCCGGCUGCGCGAAGUGCACCCCCUCGCCACCGCCGGGCUCGAGAACCUGCGCUGGGUGCGGCUGGACAACAACGCGCUGGAGCGGCUGGGCGCGGACAGCCUGCCCUGGGCGUCGCUGGCCGAGCUCCGGCUGGAGGGCAACCCGUGGCGCUGCGACUGCGGCGCGCUCUCGUGGCUCUCCCAGCAGGCGGCCGACGCCAUCACGGACCAGCCCCGGUGCGUGGCGCCCGAGUCGCUGCGCGACGCGGGGCUGGCGUCGCUGAACGCGAGCGCGCAGUGCGCGGCGGAGUGGCGGCGCGGCGCUGCGGGGGCG